ACGUGACGAGGCGAAGCGGCCUCUCUGUCUGUCCUUCCUUCCCAGGGUUCAAUGAGCGCUGUGUGGCCCCACCCCGUCUCUCUUCAGCGCUGUCUAUCUCCUCAAUGUAGGCUACUAUUCUCGGAGAGAGAGAAAGGGAGAAAAUAAUAACCUCCAAGAAUUGGUUAUUCCUGUCUUUCACCUUCCACAAUCAGCGGCCAGGAGGGGAGCGGCCUUCGCGGUGGGAAUGUGCUGCUACAACACGCGUACUAUUUUUUGUGAAUGUAAAUGCACAUGCAGUCUCAAGCCUGUAGCCUAUUUACCCAGCUCGGAUUCAAGAGUAAUAUAGCUAUAUAUAAAUGUAUCUUUGUACGAGAGUGUGUAUGUGGGUACACACGUACAGGCCUUAUGUAGGCUAUAAAAACUGAGCCUGAGUUGCUUUUUCACCUGCAAGAAACGUGGAUACAUUUCGAGGGAUCAAUUGGUCACGUUUCCUUUUUCUUUUCUUUUUUUCCAUUUUUUAAUGAUUUUUUUUGUUAAGGGAUUCAUCGAGCCGAGCCGGGAAUAAAAAAAAACAGUAUCGGUGCGCAGUUUGCUCUGUGGUGAUGUGAGGGGCUGAUAACACAUUUCAGCAACAAAAGCGAGGGGCUGGGAGAAAGAAGGCCCUUUGGAGGAGAAAACAGCAAGGAACAGCCAUCACAAAUAAGGAGGACAAAUCGGGGGGUAGGCUAUUGGAUCGUUUCGGAGUUGGAGGUAUUAGGGGAUCCAGCCGAAAAGACAACCGCAGUGAGUUUGGAGCCGUUUUGGGUUGAUUUGAUGCAGCGAAUGAAAAGCAGCCGGAUGACGACGGAAGCAAUGAGAAUAUCACACAUGUAGCUCAUUUGGGUGUAAUAUAAUUUUCCUUCCUCUUGUCUUGCUGUGUGUCCCCAACGAAGACAACCGACGGGGAGACAGAUAAAUAGAUAGAAAGUAUUAGUGUACACCAAUGAAAAUGUUUAUCAGGAAAGGAGACGUGGAAACGACUCGCGCCACUGCACGGGCGAGGUUUUCGGACACGCCGAGUUUGGCUCCUUGUCACGGGCAGCAGUGAGACGCAAGACCCGGGCUUUUGGAGAUGCAAAUUAGGCUGUUUAUUCUGCCUCCGUUAGAGGUGAAACCCCGAUUUUUGGUGUCUUAACAGACGUUGUGGAUUACAAUUGUUGAUGUUAACGUUACACAGUUAACGGGGAGACAGUAGGAAAACAAAAACUGUAGGCUACUGCAUGUGAAGGAGGAAAAGCCCAAGCAGGAUUCAACAAACUGAGAAGGCGGCCUCGGUGUCGUCAGCAACAGUAUCCUACCCUUUCUCUGACAGCAAAAUACGCGUUAUGGACAAAUAAUUUCUACAGGGCUGCACCACCGACAAUUUUGGAGCAGGCCAGUCACGUUAAACGGUGUAAAUGUGGGCGACAUUGCUGCCAAUUCCGCAUGUCAAACGAGGGCUCUAGACUAGUUUAGUUUAUUUAUUUAUUUUUCUUUCUACAUACCCCUCCACCUCCUCCACUUCUUCCACCUCCUCCCCUGGACCUCCUUUUUUCUUUUUUCUUGCGGGAAGAUGGGUUGUUUGGGCAACAGUAAGACCGAAGACCAGAGAAAUGAGGAGAAGGCACAAAGAGAAGCAAACAAAAAGAUAGAGAAGCAGCUCCAAAAAGACAAACAGAUAUACAGAGCAACACACAGACUACUACUUUUAGGAGCUGGAGAGUCUGGAAAGAGCACUAUAGUGAAACAGAUGAGGAUCCUACAUGUCAACGGCUUCAAUGCAGAAGAGAAGAAGCAGAAAAUUCAGGACAUCAAGAAUAAUAUUAAAGAGGCUAUUGAGACCAUAGUAACAGCUAUGAGCACCCUGGCACCACCAGUGCAGUUGGCGUGCCCACAGAACCAGUACAGGAUUGAGUACAUCCUCAACCUCGUCAACCAGAAGGACUUUGAGUUUCCGUCUGAGUUUUACGACCAUGCGAAGACACUGUGGCAGGAUGAGGGCGUCAGGGCGUGCUACGAUAGAUCCAACGAGUACCAACUAAUCGACUGUGCACAAUACUUUCUAGACAAGAUCGACAUUGUGAAACAGAGUGACUACACUCCAACAGAUCAGGAUUUGCUGCGGUGCAGAGUUCUGACUUCAGGAAUCUUUGAGACAAGAUUUCAAGUGGACAAAGUUAAUUUCCAUAUGUUUGAUGUUGGUGGUCAAAGAGAUGAACGCCGUAAAUGGAUUCAGUGCUUUAACGAUGUAACGGCCAUCAUCUUUGUGGUGGCCAGUAGCAGUUACAACAUGGUGAUCAGAGAGGACAAUCAGACCAACCGUUUACAGGAGGCCCUCAACCUCUUUAAGAACAUCUGGAACAACAGGUGGCUGCGGACCAUUUCUGUCAUCUUGUUCCUAAAUAAACAGGACCUGCUAGCAGAGAAGGUGCUGGCAGGGAAGUCCAAAAUCGAGGAAUACUUUCCUGAAUUUGCUCGCUACACCACACCUGACGAUGCGACCCCAGAGCCUGGAGAAGAUCCCCGUGUUACAAGGGCAAAGUACUUUAUAAGAGAUGAAUUCCUGAGGAUCAGCACAGCAAGCGGGGACGGAAGGCACUACUGCUACCCCCACUUCACGUGCGCCGUCGACACGGAAAACAUCCGCCGUGUAUUCAACGACUGUCGAGACAUCAUCCAGCGGAUGCACCUGCGGCAGUACGAGCUGUUGUGAUGGAAGAAAAAAAAGUGUUUGGCCAAAAACACAUCAGACUAUG